AAACAAUGACAGGAAUUGUGAUCAAGAAAUAAUCAUGGUUUCAUGAUACAGAGUAUUCACCGCAACUCUGACUCCAAGAAGUUUCCCAAUACAAUGUUGUAGAUCUGCAACACAGUCCAACAUCUCAUUGAAUGGAACGGAAAUCGGCGCUGAGCUGAGGACACGCGCUGGACCCGUUUCCAUGACCUUGGUACUACGUGUAACCGGGAGGUGAAAGGCUUGGCGAUGGGGUUCAUGCCACCACGAAAAAAAAAACAACAUCCCACAUCCCACACCAAAUCAGCCAGGCCGCCCAGUGGCUGAAGAAGAAGCCGGGGUACCAAAUGGAAAGUGCAAGGAGGCGUGGGAAGACAAUGAACAGGACAGGACCCCUCUUUCCUUGUCGGCGGUCUGACUGAGAACUUUAAAAAAGGUCUUAGACACCCGCGUUCUUGUCUCGUCGAAGUCCUCUGGCUUGCUUCUUUUUUUUUUGUGAAGUGCCCGUCCAACGCGAGAAAGGUCGAGUCUUGUCAUAUUCACCUUCCACCGCAGAAUUUAUUACCUCCCCCCCUUUUCCUCUCCUCUUGCCUAUCUCCAAGCAGGACAAGAAAAAAAAAGCCUAGGAAAGAAAACGAUAUGGCUUCCCCCUCACAAAAUGAGCCGGCGGACCCAGUCGCAAGGGGUAUCGUGCCGGCGGCCAAACAGGCCUUUGGCGACCUGUUCAAGUGGAAGCAGCGCGUCGUCGUGACCAACGACCUGGGAGAGCAACAUACCGAGUGGCAGUCGCCGCCGCCGCUCAAGAACCCCAUCAGUCUGUUGAUGCAGCUGUCUGCCAAGGACUGGCUCUUCUUCAUCGUGGGUUUCGCGGCCUGGAGCGCUGACGCCUUUGACUUUCACGCCCUCUCCAUCCAGACCAAGAAGCUGGCCGACUACUACGGCACCACAAAGACUGAGAUCACGACGGCUAUCACCCUGACCCUGCUACUCCGCAGCGUGGGAGCGGCCAUCUUUGGUCUUGCUGGUGACAAAUGGGGACGCAAGUGGCCCAUGGUUGUCAACAUGAUUGUGCUCGGUAUUUUGCAAAUCGCCACUAUUUACAGCACGACUUUCCAGCAGUUCUUGGCUGUGCGAGCCUUGUUUGGUCUAUUCAUGGGUGGAGUUUACGGCAAUGCUAUCGCCAUGGCUCUCGAAAACAGCCCGGUAGACGCACGUGGUCUCAUGUCUGGUAUCCUCCAGCAAGGAUACUCGUUCGGCUACGUCUGCGCAGCAUGCGCAAACCUGGGUGUUGGUGGCGCGACCGACAGCUGGAAGACGGUGUUCUGGAUUGCUGCCGGAAUCUCAAUCGGCGUCGGCCUCGUUCGUUGCUGCUUCCCCGAGUCGCAGCAGUUUAUUGAAGCACGCAAGCUCGGCAAGAACAAGGCAAACCCCGUUGCGUUCUGGGAGGAGACGAAGAAGAUGCUGGCUGCAGAGUGGAAACUGUGCCUCUACUGCAUCGUCUUGAUGACUUGGUUUAACUUCUACAGCCAUACCUCUCAGGACAGCUACACUACCUUCAUGCUUUCGGAGAAGGAGCUUGACAACGCCGGCGCAUCGCGCGCCUCCAUCCUGAUGAAGGCCGGAGCCUGCGUCGGUGGCACCAUCAUCGGCUAUGCAUCUCAGUGGCUCGGACGCCGUCGCGCCAUCAUCAUCAGCGCCACCAUCAGCGCCUGCCUGAUCCCUGCCUGGAUUCUCCCCGCCGACGAGGCCUCGCUCUCGGCCUCGGGCUUCUUCAUGCAGUUCUUUGUCCAGGGCGCCUGGGGAGUCAUCCCCAUCCACCUGAACGAGCUCUCGCCCGCCGCCUUCCGAUCAUCGUUCCCCGGCAUCACCUACCAGCUGGGCAACAUGAUCUCUUCCCCGUCGGCCCAGAUCGUUAACGCCAUCGCCGAGUCCAACUUCAUCCGCAACCACAAGGGCGACAUCGUCGAGGCCUACGGUCCGACCAUGGGCAUCGCCACUGCCAUCAUCGCCAUGGGCAUCGUCACCUGGACGGCCUUUGGUCCCGAGCGCAAGGGUCGCAAGUUUGAGCAGGAGCUGCCUGCCGGCACCGCCGACGUGGCUCCGGCCAAGAGCAUGGACGAUGACCUGGAGGCGGGCCACGGUGGGGAGAAACCAGAGGCUACAACUGCUGAGAAGGUAUAAAACAAGACUUGUGGCCCGGCUUGGUGGAUUGUGAAUAUUUGGAAUAGGUUUGGAAAGGAAAAUUAGUCAACCAUUCUGUGAAGGGGGUUCAGGGGCUUUUUUUGAUAGUAUUCUUUCUGUUUAUUUUUAUACAUUGGGUAAACCAAGGCAUCCAUAGAUAACUUCGCAUCAUUUCUUCA